AUGGAGGAAGAGGGCGAGAACGAGGUGGAGGGGUCGGACGAAGGCUCGUACGGGGGCUCGGGGGGCUCCGGCGGCUCGGGGUCGUGUGGGCGCGGCUCCAACGCCGGCAUCUGCUCCUCGUCCGUGUCGUGCACGCGCCGCAACUGCGCGCGGUCCAUGGCGUGCGGCGCGUCGCCGUCGUGGUGCCCGGCGCCCACGUGCGGCGGCUCGCGCAUCUGCGCGCUCGGCAAGAACUUGCUCAAGGCCGCACAGAAGGGGCGGACGUGCUACGUGGAGCGGCUGCUGGACGCUGGCGCCGACGCCAAUUACUCAUCCACGGGUGACUGGACAGCGCUGCAUCGCGCCGCCGCCAAGGCGCACGCGUGCGUCGUGUCACUGCUGCUGAAGCGCGGUGCCAACGUAAACGCGCGCAAUUGCUACGGCUUCACGGCGCUGCACAUUGCCGCGUACGACGACUACCGUGGCAAGUGCGUGCAGCUGCUGAUAGAGGGCGGCGCUGACCUCGGCAGCCGCAACCGCUUCGGCCGCACGCCACUGCACUACGCCGCCGAGUGCGGCAACGUGGCCGCCGUGCGCCUGCUGGUCAAGGCCGGCGCCAGCAAGUGCGCCAAGGACGACGAGGGCCGCACGCCGUGCGACGUUGCCAAGACGGUCUGCGUGCGGCGACUGCUCCGUAAAACAUUAACUUUAGAAGCAGGAAUCGGUUCGGGUGGAUGCCCGUUCUCUACUCGGCCAAAGUCACCUCACCACCGAGUUUGCCUGCCCUUGAAAGCUGGAUGCGGAAUGCAGAUGCAGAAUUGCCCUGUGGACGUGUGGCUUCGCGUUCAACGUUCUGCGAGCUAUGAGAAGACUCCAAUCCUCCGACCUCUCUGCGAUUAAUAUUCCUAACUUGGCAGCUCCUGCCGAUAAUUUUCCCAUGACCCGUGAUCAAAAUAUCUUUUGACGCGCUCACGAUACCUUAACGAACAACUAAUUACAAUUUCUCGCUGGUAACUUAAGUUAGUCCGGAAUUUGUUAUUUUAUGCACAAAACUGACAUGUAACUCAGCAAAUAAAUACAAAAUUGCAAUGUGAAUUAAAGGAGUUUCAUUACUAUUAAUAUUUAAUUCUAAAGUUCAUAUUACAGUUACCGACAUUAAUAAAUUGUAGGCUAUAAAACCAUAAUAAUAAAUGAACUUACAUACUGAAAAAUCAUUCAAAGUUCGAAAGAACAUUAGAAAAGAAUAUUCCAUUAUUUAAAACGAGUGAGAAUAGAGAGCAAAAUCUCCAGAUUUAAAAACUUACAUCUUGAUUUUUUGUUUUAAGUAUUUUAAAUUUUACAAAAUUGAAAGGAAAUUUGAAAAAUGAUUGCGAGAGAGGGCUACAACAAACCACCUACAACAUCGAAGGUAACAUUGUGCGAGUUUCCCG